AAUGGUAAUAAUUAAGAAAAACAGCUGUAGCUUCAAAUGACGCUGUUUACUAAAAUAUUUGUUGAGCUCAAAGAGUAUUUUUUCUAUUAAUUUGCAAUUUUAUUAAUACACACGAUGCUUAAAAACAUGUGUAGAGUAUGUGGCAGAUAUGCUGCCUAUAAGAAAUCAUUAAGAAUCUUUGAAAACAAACAUAUGCUGUGGAGCAUCCAACUUCUAACGGGCUUGAUUUUGGAAAAUACAAGUUGUUUGCCAGACCUAAUAUGCAUUUGUUGCCAGACAGAAUUACGAGAGGCAAUAAGGUUUAGCGAAAGAGUAAUAGCGGCGCAACAGCAGCUCCUAUCAGCGUUAACUGAGGAAGAGCUGCAGAAUGUAUCCGAGGAGUAUAAAGUGGCGGUCAUGGAAUAUGCUAGCAGCAGUAAUCACCCACUAAUUAAUAAAAUCAGCUCAGAACCCACGGCUAUAACUGAAGAAGAACCUGCAGCAAAUGAAGAGUUGGUAGUCAAAAUUCAAACGGAGGAACAGGAAAUACUUAUUGAGGAGCAUAAUCAAAAUGAUGAUCUUUUGGAAUAUAACAUAAAAAUUGAUGAUGAACUAAUUAGACAAGCAGCUGAAUCACAGGACGUCGAUACCUUCGAAAUAUUGGAGGCUUCAACUAAAGAGCAGCAGCAAAAUGAACUUUUAGACGAUGCCAACGAAAAUUCAAUUACCGAAGAUUUUAUUCUGCCUGAUAAGGACUUAGAUGAGGAAUGUGCGGUUUUGGACAGAGUACUAAACGAUGAGAUCGCUGCCCAAAGUGAGGGAAAGAAAAAGCGCGGCCGCAAACGUAUAGGAAGUCUCAUAUUCGUUUGUGAUGAAUGUGGUAAUCACAUAUCUGGACGCAUGGCCUUUGAGCUACAUUGCCGCCGACAUCGUGGUGACAAACAGUUCGAAUGCGACGUUUGCCAGGAUCGUUUUUGCACCAGCUCGGAACUGAAGCGUCACAUUCGUAGGCACACCGGAGAGCGUCCGUUUGGCUGCCAGUACUGUGGCCGCUGCUUCACGGACUACAGUACCCGGUUGAAGCACGAGCGGACACACACAAAUGAACGACCAUAUGUGUGCACUAGCUGCGGCAAGGCAUUUACUACAGCUUACAUUCUAAAGAAUCACAUGCUUAUUCAUUCCGGCGAACGUGCUUUUAAAUGCGAACUGUGCAAUAAAACUUUUUUAAGGCAAACCCACCUGUCCACUCAUUGUCGGUCUAGAGCGCACGAGCGCAACCUGGAGCAACAAACACAAAAAAAGAAAACUUUUUUUGUUGCAAUGCUCAAUAAUAUUUGUAGACUCUGUGGUAAAAAUACCGCCAAAGAAAGCUCAUUAAGAAUUUUUGAAAACAAAAAUAUUCUUUGGAACAUUCAAGUUUUAACAGGAUUAGUCUUGGAAAAUGCAAAAUGUUUGCCGGAACUUAUAUGUAGCAGCUGCCAAAAAGAAUUGCACGAGGCGAUUACAUUUAGCGAUAAAGUAAUUGCCACACAGCAACAACUUCUGUUGGCGUUAACUGAGGACGAGCUACAUGAAGUAUCCAAGGAGUAUAAGACAGUCAUAACGGAACAAGCUGUCAGCAGUUGUGAGAAAUCAGUUGAUCGAAACAAUACUGAAGCUCAAGACGAGCUAAUUGAGGAGUCAAUCAUUGAAACCAACCUGAUAGCAGAAGAUAUUAUUAUAGAGGAACAAGACAAGCCCGAUGAUUUACUGGAAUACGAUAUCAUCAUAAAUGAUGACACGAUCGUACAGGAGGCUGAAAUAGACGUUCAAACUUUGGAAACAAUAGAAACAACUGAUGAAGACCAAUAUGUAUUGGUUAACGAAUCCGAUGGAAAUACAUCCUCCGCAGAUUACAUGCUGUGCGAGAAGGAGUGGAGUGACGAAGGUAAAAUAUUAGCCAGGGAAGCCAACGACGACGAAACUGUGGAGCCACAAAAUAACAUAAAAAAUAAACGAGGUAGAAAACGACUCGGGAACCUAAUAUUUGUUUGUUAUGAAUGCGGAAUUCAUAUAUCCGGCCGUGUGGCCUUCGACUUGCACUGUAGACGACAUCGUGGUGACAAGCAAUUCGAAUGCACCAUUUGCCAGAAUCGUUUUUGCACAAGCUCUGAAUUAAAGAGCCACAUGCGCCGGCACACUGGAGAACGCCCCUUUCCUUGUCACUAUUGUGAUCGAUACUUCGCCGACAAUAGUACUCGGAUUAAGCAUGAACGGACACACACCAAUGAGCGACCGUAUGCAUGUGAGACCUGUGGAAAGGCCUUCACCACCACCUACAUACUUAAGAAUCAUAUGCUCACUCAUUCCGGCGAACGCGCCUUCAGCUGCGAGCCGUGCAACAAAACCUUUCGCCGACAUACUCAUCUUGUUACACAUUGUCGGUCUAGAGCUCACAAACGUAAACGAGAACGCCAAAGCAAGGAAAUUUUGAGUACAAGUUAGCAUGACUUAAAUAGGCAUAUCUACGCUUUAAGGAUACUCAGAAAUGUAUCUACUUUAAUUAUAGAAUAACGACAAAGUAAACUAAUAAAACAAGACAAAUAUAUUUAA